CACCACCCACUCAGAGCCUCUCUGCAGGGGCCGGCCAGGGAGCCCACAAGACAGCCAUGCCCCUAGCCCGCCCCACUAACAAACAGCCUCCUCGCCUGCCCACUGUCCUCUGGCACUUUCCAGCCCUCUGGAGUCAGUGACUGCAGCAGCAUGGCCCCGGGCUUUGCACUCGCCUUCCUCACUGCGCCACUGGUGGUGUGCGGGGACACAGAGGGCACCUGGUACUACGACUCCCAGGACCCGAAGUGUGGCCCCACCCACUGGAUGGAGAUGGCCUUGGCUUGUGGGGGCCCAGCCCAGUCCCCCAUCAACAUUGACCUUCACCUAGCCCAGCGGGACCCCACCCUGGGACCUUUCAUCUUCCAAGGCUACAACUCAGCACCUCCAAGCCCAUGGACCCUGGAAAAUGAUGGCCAUACAGUGCUGCUCCGCAUGGACACUGGCCCGCAGAGCCGCCUGGGGAUUCGGGGCAACAGGCUGCCCCUGCCUGCCUACCACGCCCUGCAGCAGCAUUUCCACUGGGGGCCUGGGCGAGGAGGCUCCAAGCACAGCCAGGAUGGGCAGUGCCGCCCCAUGGAGAUGCACGUGCUCCACAUGAACACGAGGUACCUGAGCCUGGGGGAGGUGCUAAGUCACCCUGAUGGGCUGGCCUUGCUGACAGUGCUGUUGGUGCUGAGGGAGGGUCAUGUGACUCCCGGUAGCAACUUCUCCACCCUUGUAUCAGCCCUGAUGAACGCGUCCCAGUGUGGGAUCUUGGUGAAUCUGGCACCCACCUUCCCGCGGGCCUCGCUGCUGCAGGAUGCCUCCGGCCUCUCCUGCUACCAUCGCUACUCAGGGUCGCUGACCACGCCCAGCUGCCAGCCUGCGGAUGUCUGGAUGGUCUUACAGGACAGGGUACCCGUCUUGCACGCUCAGGUGGCCCAGUUCCAGACUGUGCCCCAGGCCGGGCUCUCGGGCUCGAGCCCCGCACCGCUCAAGGAGAAUUCACCACAGCAGCCUCUCCAGGGGCGCAGGGUGUUGGCCUCUCCCAGCACUAUCAUCAGUAAGGCAGCCUUGGCCCCCGCCCCAUCCCUAGCCAGUGUGCACGGGGCUCUGCUGGGCCUGGGGCUCCUUGUGGCUCUGGCAGAGCCCCUAGGAGCCAGAUUCGACCCCUUCCCACAAUAA